GGGCACAGCGAGGCCCCGCCGGCCGCCGCCUUCCGCUUUGCCGCUUCCCCUCUUCCUGUGCGUGCGGAGACCAUGGGGACACCUCAAAAGGAUGUUAUAAUAAAACCCGAUGCUCCAAGCACAUUACUUUCAGAAAAACAUGCGGACUAUAUAGCUUCAUAUGGAACAAAGAAAGAUGAUUAUGAAUACUGUAUGUCGGAGUAUUUGAGGAUGAGUGGUGUGUACUGGGGACUGACAGCAAUGGAUCUCAUGGGGCAGCUGCACCGAAUGAACAAGGAAGAAAUUCUCUCAUUCAUCAAAUCAUGUCAACAUGAGUGUGGUGGAAUAAGUGCCAGCAAAGGUCAUGAUCCUCAUCUUCUGUAUACCCUCAGUGCUGUCCAGAUUCUUAUUUUAUAUGAUAGUCUCCAUGUAGUUGAUGUAAAUAAAAUUGUUGAAUAUAUACAGAGCUUGCAGAAAGAAGAUGGAUCGUUUGCUGGAGAUGAAUGGGGAGAAAUAGAUACAAGGUUCUCUUUCUGUGCUGCAGCCACUCUUGCACUUCUGGGAAAGCUGGAUGCUAUUGAUGUGGGAAAAGCAGUUGAAUUCGUUUUGUCCUGUAUGAACUUCGAUGGAGGAUUUGGUUGUAGACCAGGUUCCGAAUCACAUGCAGGACAGAUCUAUUGUUGCACAGGAUUUCUGGCUAUAACAGACCAGUUGCAUCAAGUAAAUGUUGACUUGCUGGGUUGGUGGCUUUGUGAACGUCAGUUACCUUCUGGAGGUCUCAACGGACGACCAGAGAAGUUACCUGAUGUUUGUUAUUCGUGGUGGGUGCUAGCUUCUUUGAAGAUGAUUGGUAGGAUACAGUGGAUUGACAGAGAGAAACUGCGCUGCUUUAUUUUGGCGUGCCAGGAUGAGGAGUCUGGAGGAUUUGCUGACAGACCAGGAGAUAUGGUGGAUCCAUUUCACACCUUAUUUGGUAUUGCUGGACUAUCUUUAUUAGGAGAAGAACAAAUUAAGGCUGUCAAUCCUGUCUUUUGUAUGCCAGAAGACGUCCUUCGAAGAAUAAAUGUACAGCCUGAGCUUGUAAGCUAAGCUUUGUAAAAGACAAAAGCUUUGUACGACCAAUUGCUUUUUGGUUUUACUGAUUUAUAAUCUCAUCUGUGAAACUGUCAGCAUAUUCUUCUUUCAGAUGUGUUGAUGUGUUUACAUUAUGUAAGUAAAGCAAUAGCUUUGCUGUGGACUUUGUCACUUUAUAAAUUGUUUCAGAACAGGCUGGUUCUCUUAAUCUGAGUGUAACAUGUUAUUUUGUUGUAUUCUAAGAUGUGUAGAAACAUUUCAAUUCUGUAUCUAAAUGUAUGGGCCUUGGCUUUUUUUUUUUUUUUUAUAUAAUUUUCAAAUCAGAGCUUGACUGUGUGAAUGCUUAACUUUUCUAUUCCUGUAAUAUCAACCAUGCUAGUACUGAUCUUCAUACAGGCCUCUUUUGAUGGUGGAUCAUGCAAAGCACUUUACAAAAACAAAAAAAACCAACCAAACAAACAAACAAAAAAAACACCAAAAAAACAAAACAAAACAAACACAAAAAAAAACCAACAAACCACUAAAAUCCUACCUGAGGCCUGCACUUAAUACCACACUUACAUAUUUAAUUAUUCCUGUUCACAUUUGCCAUCGCUUUUCUAUACUGAGAAACAGCUGCUUCUUCUCACAGUAAUUGGUACCAGUAAUACCAUAAUUAUGGUUCUUUUAAAUAUACAAAUGCUUUCAUUUAUUGAUGAGUCCCUUAGACAAAAUUCCACUGAUACUUGAGAUACAGCACACCUUGAGUAUGUAGAGUGAAACUUGCUAACAUUCAACAUUCUAGAGAAGGUCCUGUUGGAUGGUGACUUGUAAUCGAACAUAGAGUUAAUGCUAAAUCUCUUGCUGGGUUGAAAUCCUCAUUUUGUAGCUUUUAAGACACUAAUUGUCAACACUUAUUUUUGGUGUAGUUGGAAAUAAAAUUAGCUGUGGAAAAUA